AGUAGACAUCCUUAUGAUGACUCUGUGGCUCUCUCUCUCUCUCAACACACACACACACACACACACACACACACACACACACACACACACACACACAGUCCUAACGCUUUAAAUAUUUGCAUAUUAUUUCUGAAAGACUGGUAUUGAUUUUUGGUAGCUUGCUAAUGUUUUAAUUCCAUUUUAAUAAACAACAUAAACAUUAAUAAAGAAAUGAAAGCUAUUGCUAUUAAAUAACAUUAAUAAUCCUUAGUAUUCUUAGUAGCUGGUGAAUGUUAGUUUAACAGUGUGGAUUAAUUAAGACCUUUUCAGAUUGCCCUUAUAUUUCUUUCUGUCUGUUUGUUAGUUUGUGUAUUCAAUUUCUUCUUAUGACGUUUUCAACUAAAACUAAGAUAAACAAUCUGUAUUGCUUUGUUCAGACUGUUGGUUUAUAGACACUGCCCCCUUUAGCUGAUGAUAAAAUUGCCGGUAUGUUUUACGUUUAAGUUUCAGAGGGGGUGGGUCCACAUAACCUGCUCCACACAUUUAAUCCCAAAUCAAUGUCUUGCAAAUUCAUUCUGUGUCUUUGUUACAGAUCAUAACUGCACUCUAAAUACUAGUAUAGCUUAAUGAGAAGUCUCUUAAUUGUUUCCAGUCAUUGUUCGGUUCAUUUUGGAGAAGAGGGAAAACUAUCCGGUCGCCUUAGGACCCUGAGAGAGAGAGAGAGAGAGAGAGAGAGAGAGAGAGAGAGAGAGAGAGAGAGAGAGAGAGGUUAGUCUACCUGUCCCUUCUGGCCGGCUCAUCUCUUCCCAGUACUUCGCCAAGACAUCAGGGCAGAUUGAAUACACAGCAAGCCUGAGCAUCAAGUGUCUAGAAUGAAACAUUUGUUUGUUUGUGUUGGUACACUGCUGGCUUUAGUGAACAUCAUGGAAGCGAGGCCAAAAGCAGCAGAAAAAGAAAAGUGUAAGUCUGGCCCGGUUGACCUUGUCUUCAUAAUUGAUGGCUCACGCAGUGUUCGGCCACACGAAUUUGAGAUGAUGCGCAAGUUUAUGAUCGACAUUAUCAAUGAGAUGGACAUCAGCCCCAAUGUCACCCGUGUGGGUGUUGUUCAGUACUCUAGUCAAGUGCAGAAUGUCUUUUCCCUGAAACAGUUAAUUACUCAUGAGGAAAAGAUCAAAGCCAUCAAAGAGAUCAUUCCAUUGGCACAGGGUACCAUGACUGGCCUGGCUAUCCGUUAUGCCAUGAAUGUGGCAUUCUCUGCUGAGGAGGGGGCUCGGCCCAAUGUGCCUCAUGUAGCGCUGAUUGUCACUGAUGGGCGGCCUCAGGACCGUGUUGCUGAGGUAGCUGCGGCUGCUCGAGAGUCUGGGAUCGAGAUCUAUGCUGUGGGAGUAGCCAGAGCUGACCUGACAUCCCUGAGAGCAAUGGCAUCACCACCUUUUGAAGACCAUAUUUUCCUAGUGGAGACCUUCGAUCUCAUUCACCAGUUUGGGCUCCAGUUCCAAGACAAGCUUUGCAAAAUUGAUCUUUGCGUUGAGUCUGAUCAUGGGUGUGAUCAUAUCUGUGAGAGUUCUUCUGACUCCUAUCAGUGUCUCUGCUUGCCAGGUUACACACUCCAAGAUGAUGGCAAGACCUGUAAAGGUAUUGAUUUGUGUGUGGAGGAGAAGCAUGACUGUGAGCAAAUCUGUAUCAGUUCUCCUGGGUCUUUCAACUGUGACUGCAAUACAGGCUAUGCACUCAAUGAAGAUAAGAGGACCUGCACAAUGAUUGACUAUUGUUCCUUUGGGAAUCAAAGCUGUGAUCAUGAAUGUGUGAGCAUAUUAAAGGGAUACCAUUGCCGCUGUAACGAGGGAUACACACUUCAAGCGGAUAGAAAGACCUGCCAGGCGGACAACCUGUGUAAUGUAGUACAGCAUGGCUGUCAGCACCAGUGUGUGAGUACACCAGGAUCAUAUCGCUGUAUCUGCCCUGAGGGUCAUCUCCUCCAAGACAAUGGAAAGAGCUGUGGAAGCUGCAGAUCAGCCAACAUUGACCUGGUUCUCUUGAUUGAUGGCUCUAAGAGUGUGCGACCAGAAAACUUUGAGCUUGUCAAGCAGUUUGUCAACCAGGUUGUGGACCAACUAGAUAUAUCUGCUCAUGGGACACGUGUGGGUCUUGUACAGUACUCCAGCCAGGUGAGGACUGAGUUCCCACUAAGUAUGUACAAGAGCAAGGAAGAGAUCAAGGCAGCUGUGAUGAAAGUAGCCUACAUGGAGAAAGGAACCAUGACAGGGCUAGCACUAAAGCACCUGGUGCAGGAUAGCUUCUCUGAGGCUGAGGGUGCCCGUGCUGCCUUAAGAAACAUACCCCGGGUUGGGCUGGUGUUUACUGAUGGACGUUCUCAGGAUGACAUAACAGAGUGGGCCAAGAAGGCCAAGGAGGCAGGAAUUACAAUGUAUGCUGUUGGUGUGGGCAAAGCUGUAGAGGACGAGCUGAGAGAGAUUGCCUCUGAGCCACUGGAGAAACAUUUCUUCUACACCUCUGACUUCACCGCUGACUUCAACCAGAUUGCAGAGAACCUUAAACUCAAUGUCUGUCCAGAAGAGAGUCAGGGUAAAAUAGAGGUCAAGGACCCUUGUGCCUGUGAUACUCUUGUGGAGUUCCAGCAGGCUACUAUGGUCACUCUGAACCAGCUCAACAAGAAAUUGUCAGCAAUGACUACACGAUUGGAGUAUCUGGAGAAGCAGCUGCUCAAAAGGAAAUGAGAUUAUUACAUCAUCUGCAAGACUAGAACUUUCAUGGCUGAGCUCCAGUGAUGGCCCAGAUUGGCUCUAAAAUAAGUUUUACAUAACCAAAGUCUGCUGGUAUAGAACAUAUUUACUGCAUUUACAUUAACAAUGACUGUGCAGGAUCAUGCAUGCACUGGACUCCAUGCAUGCAGUUUUCCUUGUACCCUGUUUAUGCCUGUCCUUUUUUAUAAAAUUAUUUAAAAAAAUAUUUAUGAUCAAUUUUGUAUUGUAUUAGCACUGGUCUAUGGUGUACAGUUUACACAUUCAACACAAUUUCAAGUUUUAAUAAUGUUUUUUUUUGUAUUUUGGUUCUACUAAAAUGACAUUUUAAACAGAAAGUACUUAGAUAUAAAGUCAGAUAAAAAGGAAAAACCAACAGAAAGUGUCAUAAUAACUGUACCUUUUUAAUUUGUCACAUCUGUAUACAGAUAAUAAACUGGUUACUGAAUUGCAUUAACUCUGUAGUCACCUAUUCUCAAGUGCAGAAUAAUUUGAAUACUUCUGCUUUGAAAUGACCUGGUUCAGCUACAGUUUACAAAAAAGUUGCGCAUACCUACAUGAUCAGUGACCAGUUUCACUAAGAGCUCCUUGUGAUCUUUUUUUCUACUUUCUGUCCUCUAUGAUAAUUAGUUUAUAGUGGCCAGCAUAUGGAUUGAAGAUGGUUAGGGAAAUAAUCAAGACUGAAAUGGCUUUUUUAUGUAGUUCAAAUUCUGCACUAAAUAGGAUUUUUAGGAUUUUCGUUUAUUACUUGAACUUCUAUGUGUAAAACAGCUUUAAUGCAAAAUAUACCAUUAUAUUUUAUAAACCCUGACUUUGAUGCUUAAAUUUUGAGCCUUUUGUGCUUUUGUACACUUUUUAAUAACCAAAUGUGUAAUGAGAAUGUCUUACUGACAAAGUGAA